UGUCCGUGAGGUGGCGCUCGUGUGUGGAUGUCUGUUUAGCCUUUUAGCGAUAUCAAAAAAGGACUUUCUGGAUACAUCAAAUCAUCAAGAUGGACGCGCAAGCCGUUCUUCGAAGUGUACUUGUCCUCCUGUUACACGUCAUCCUCACAGCAGCCCAGUUCAAACGGGUGUGUUACUACAGUGGUUGGUCACUGUACCGUGACAAAGAGAGGGGUUUGGCUCCCGAAGACAUCGAUCCCUAUCUCUGUACCCAUAUUGUCUAUGCCUAUGCUACCCUUGAUGAUACGGGAACUCGGAUCAUUGUACCGGACGGAUAUAAAGCAGAGGAACUCAACUUGUUCCGUAGGUUCCAUAGCAUGCGCGCCAAGAACGAUGAUCUUGUGAUGAUGUUGUCAAUUGGAGGCUGGGCUACCGACAGUAAGCUUUUUUCUAAGACAGUUUCUUCGCAAGAAAACAUGCAGAUCUUCGCGGGGGAAGCAAUCAACUACCUCCGCAAACACGACUUCGACGGACUGGACAUCGACUGGCAGUUCCCCGCCACGCGAGGCAGUCCGCCAGAGGACGUAGAGCGCUACUACAGAUUUUUGAGGCUGGUCCAAUGGGAGUUUGAGCACGAGGAGGAGCCUGACGAUAAGAGUACCCUGAUCCUGACUAUAGCCGUAGACCCGACAGUGGAGAGGGCUUCCAUCUCAUACGACCUCCCCCGAUAUUCCAGGUGGGUGAACUGGAUAAACAUGAAGAUGUUUGACUUCUACGGCCACUGGGAUGACCCGACUGUUGCCAAUCACCACAGCGCCCUAUACAGUGCCAAGGAUCCCAAAAAUGUGAACAAUCUUAGUCGAUACUGGGUAAACAAGGGCGUACCUCGUCACAAGAUCGUACUAGGACUGCCCAUGUACGGCCGCUCAUUUUCACUGGCCAACACCAACUACACACAGCCCGGGGCCCCCGCCCUCGGUCCGGGAUCUGAUGAAGGCGACGGCUAUCCCAUAGCACAGCUUUGUCAUCUGAUUAAAAAUGGUGCCAGGGAAAUGCUGAUCGCAGAUAAACGAGUGCCUUAUGUGGUCAUUGGCGAUGAGUGGAUCGGGUAUGACAAUCCCGAGAGUAUCAAACAAAAGGCUCGAAUCGCAUUCAACAACUUCCUGGGUGGCGUCAUGAUCUGGACGUUGGACAUGGAUGACCACCGUGGCGCAUGUGGUCGGCCCUACCCGUUGAUAAACGCCGCGUUGGACGGUCUCAACGCCCGCCACGGGUAUAAAGAGCUCAUCACAAACGCCCUGCAGGACCAAGCUCAACAGGCCGCCGCUAAGAAGGAAAUAUAUAGACAGAGAGCGCUGGGAUGGGAAAUGCAGGACAAACAAGAACAGAUUCAUAACCAACAAAGAGGAGGUCGUAGACGAGCUGGUUACAGGACCCACAUAUCUGCCUUAGCUGGUUACAAGAUCCACAUAUCUGCCUUAGAUGGUUACAAGAACCACAUGUCUGCCGUAGCUGGUUACAAGAACCAGCUAAGGCAGAUAUGGGGUUCUUGUAACCAGCUACGGCAGACAUGUGGUUCUUGUAACCAGCUAAGACAAGGAGGUAACAGAGAACGGUCAGCUGUACCAGCGCAGAAGACGACAUCCGACAUCAUGCUGCGACUCUUGUGUCUUUUAGCGGUAACAUCAGUGGUUGUUGAUGCCUACCGCCGUGUGUGUUACCAUACCAACUGGUCACAAUACAGACAAACACCGGCUAAAUUCUUUCCGGAGAACAUUGAAUCACAACUAUGCACGCACAUCAUCUAUGCAUUUGCAACUCUCAAUGGUAAUCACUUGAAAGCCUACGAAUGGAACGACGAGAGUACUCCCUGGUCCAAAGGCUUGUACGAGCGGUUUAACGACAUCAAGAAACAAAACCCGACCUUGAAGACUCUGCUAGCGGUAGGAGGCUGGAACAUGGGCUCAGCACCCUUUACAAGGCUGGUAGCUAAUGAUCAAAAUCGACGAGACUUUGCCACCGACACCGUCAAAUUCCUCCGUACACACAAAUUCGAUGGCCUUGACAUCGACUGGGAGUAUCCAGGCAACAGAGGGAGCCCUCCGCAGGACAAACAAAACUUUCUUGAGCUCGUCAAGAUAACACGUCAGACGUUCGACGCAGAUGCCGCAGCGAGUGGUCAACCGCGGCUGUUAUUGUCCGCGGCUGUGGCUGCAGGCAAAACAACAAUCGAUACGGCCUACGACAUACCCCAGCUAAUCAAGUAUCUGGAUAUGAUUAACCUGAUGUCCUAUGAUCUCCAUGGUUCAUUCGAGGACCACACCGGCCACAACAGUCCGCUAAAAGCUGGCCCCAUGGACGUGGGAAAUGACGCUUUGCUGAAUAUGGAAUGGGCUUCCCUGGAGUAUGUAAGAAGAGGUGCACCGAAGAGUAUGCUUAACAUCGGAAUGCCUCUAUACGGUCGCUCCUUUACCCUGAAGGACCCUAACAACAACGGUUUAAAUGCACCCGCUCGAGGAGGAGGGAAUGCCGGCCACUUUACCAGGGAGAAGGGCUUCCUCGCUUACUAUGAGAUCUGUAAAAUGAUCCCCAGUUCCACGAAGCACAUUAUCCAGGGAGAAGAAGUUCCGUAUAUCGUCCAGGGAGACCAGUGGGUGGGAUAUGAUGACAAGGACAGUCUCCGUAAAAAGGUAGACUUCAUUAAAAAGGAACAGUUUGGCGGCGUCAUGGUUUGGGAUCUGGCCUUGGAUGAUUUCAGCGGAUCCUGUGGAGAAGGGAAGUAUCCGCUUCUGACCGCCAUUAAUAACGAGUUAUCAGGAGUAGUAAACACCAAUCCUCAAACACCAGUACCUGUAAACACCCAGUCACCUGUGCCAACAACGACAGUAGUUACUGUACCACCCAAAACAAAUACCCCAGUCCACGUUACAUCCGGCUCUCAGGCGUCAACAACUGCCUCCCAUACGCUAUCCGCCACGAAUAACUUCAAAUGUGCAGGAAGAAGUCCAGCGUUUUACCCCAGUCCAAGCGACUGUGCAAAGUACUAUAUCUGUGCGGGCGGCAACGCGUUUGAAGUAGCUUGUACUUCAGGUCUUUAUUUUAAUCCUUCCUCCUCGUUUUGUGAUUGGCCAAGAAAUGUUCACUGCAACAUAAGUAAGCCGCAAUUCUCAGGGACACCGGCAGUGACGCAGAGGCCUAUCGUAGUUAUGACGACGAGGCCUCCAAUGACAAAUGCACCAGUCACGAUCAAGCCGCUCCAAACGGCACAACCAGCUGUCAACACACCACAACCUACCAACGCACCGCAAACCAGUGCGCCAGCAACCAACAACAACAAUAUAUGUGUUGGAAAAAAUGACGGAUACUUCCUUGAUCCUCAAGAUUGCGGAUUUUUCUACCAGUGUUCCUUUGGCCUAGCUUUCCACGAGCCCUGCCCACCGGGCUUAAGUUUUAACGUGAACAUGAAAGCCUGUGAUUACAGACAGAACGUUCCUACUUGCAAGAACUUUGUCGGCUGAAAAUAAGUUCAAUUGUUUCUUUGAUUUAAGUGAAAUUCUUUGUGUAUUUCAUUAUCUGAUGCUGUAUUUAUUAAAAGAAAAGUGUGUAUGGGACUACGA